AUCAAAAAUUCAAACAUCAAUACCAAUACAAUCGGCGGUACAGUUGUUGCCGCUGACGACACCAAUAAUCACGGCUUUUUGAUGGACUUACUAUCAAAUGCUUUUCGUUUACUUAAUUUACGUAAAGUUGUCAAAGAGUUACACUCUGGCAAACCGUCUACCGGUACCAGUGCUUGUAUGUCAUGCAAGUUUGGCUUUGCUAUGGCCCAACAUCUGAUCCAGUUUGGCAAAGAUAAAGAAGAACUUGGAUCCAUUGCCAACUAUUUAUGUACUACACUGGAUCUGGCAUCUGGAAGGGUAUGCGAUGGGAUGGUCGACCAGUUGAAGGAUGAAUUGGUUCAAAUCAUCUCUCGGAUCAAUUUCAGUCCCAACGAAAUCUGUGGCUCACUAUUAGGCGAGUCGUGCGCUAAAGUCUAUAAUCCUUUGUAUAACUGGACGCUGCCAUUAACACCAAUAGCCAAACCAGUCCUUAAAUCAUCAGCACAGAGAUCUCAGCCCAAAUCGAGUUCUCCUAAAUUAAGAGUUCUUCACUUAUCUGAUACACACGUCGAUCCCCUGUAUGUGGAAGGAGGCGAUGCUGUUUGUGGGGAACCGUUAUGCUGUAGGAAUGCCUCCUCCUCGUCGUCAUCUGCAAUAAAUAUGCAAAACAGAGCCGGUUUUUGGGGCGACUAUCGAGACUGUGAUAUACCUUUAAGAACAUUGGAACAGACCUUAAAGUUUAUUGAGAGUACACAUCAGGACAUUGAUUAUAUUAUUUGGACGGGAGAUAUACCACCGCAUGAUGUCUGGAAUCAAUCACGUGAUGGUCAGCUAUCUAUUAUCAAAUUGGUAGCCAAAACUGUGCACAAGUAUUUGGGAAACAUACCGAUCUAUCCGGCACUGGGCAACCAUGAGUCGGCCCCUAUUAAUAGUUUUCCCACACCUAAUAUACAAGGAGUGCAUUCAAUCUCAUGGCUCUACAGUGCUCUUGAGGACAUUUGGUCGCAAUGGUUGCCAUCGCAUACAUUGCCACUAAUCAAAAACGGUGCCUACUAUGCAGUGAUGGUAAAGCCUGGUCUCAAACUAAUCUCACUAAACAUGAAUUACUGCAAUAACCAGAACUGGUGGCUACUGUUGAACGCCACGGAUCCCGCGGGACAACUGCAAUGGCUUAUACGGGAACUGCAGGCCUCGGAGCUCAUCGGAGAGAAAGUUCAUAUCAUUGGUCACAUACCUCCCGGAUCUGACGAUUGUCUACAAAUAUGGAGCCGUAAUAUGAAUCGUAUAGUUAAUCGAUUUGAGGACACAAUAACCGGUCAGUUCUACGGACACACCCAUCAGGACGAAGUAGAGAUCUUUUAUGAAACGACAAGAGAUGCCAAAAACAAAAACGGUGUUCACAUCCGUCCAACAAAUAUGGCAUAUAUCGGUCCCAGUGUUACCACUUUUGGUAAUGUCAAUCCUGGUUACAGGAUAUACACUAUUGAUGGCGAUUACGAUGAGUCUACUUAUGAAGUACUCGACUAUGAAACAUAUUAUCUGAAUCUAACCGAAGCCAACAUCAACCGAGACUCGAAACCACUCGAGUAUCGGCUAUCAUAUACAGCUCAACAGGCACUGGGACUACAAGACUUGACACCUGAUUCGUGGCAUAAGUUGUUGUUGAAAAUGAAAAACGAUACCCAAUUGUUCAAUAAGUUUUAUGAAUAUUUCUAUAACAAAAGCGAUAAUAUCGGUGAUAAUGUCUGCACCAGUAGACAGUGUCGUCGGGAAAUACUAUGUCGACUAAUGAAAGCCAUCGCUCACGACAACUAUAUUUGCAAUAAAUUCUUGUAA